UCUGGGACUGUUGUUGUUCUCUCCCGGCGCGACUCCCUCAGUCAGUUCUCCCAGAGACCCGGACCUGGUCCUCUGGGGAGCGGGCGGCCAUAUCCCCCCUCUCUGCCGGUUCCCGAAAGCUGCGGCAAGAGCUUGCGCAAACAUCCUGCGGUUGGUCUCUGAUGCCCUUCAGUGAGGAGGGGACGUCCAGACCCUGGUGAGCGCACCGCAGCCGCCCCAAAUUGGUGUCUUCGCCGGUCCCCCAGGCCCGCUCACACCAGUCUGGCUGCCAUGGCUGAAAACGCAGAGGGGGACCUGAACUCCAACCUGCUGCACACCCCCUACCACACCGGGGACCCUCAGCUAGACACGGCCAUCGAGCAGUGGCUUCGUUGGGAUAAGAAUCCCAAAACAAAAGAGCAGAUUGAAAAUCUGUUACGGAAUGGGAUGAACAAGGAGCUGCGAGAUCGUCUUUGUUGCCGAAUGACUUUCGGGACUGCAGGACUUCGUUCUGCCAUGGGGGCAGGGUUUUGCUAUAUUAAUGACCUUACAGUAAUACAAUCAACACAAGGGAUGUACAAAUACCUUGAGAGAUGUUUCUCAGACUUCAAAGAGAGAGGCUUCGUUGUUGGGUAUGACACUCGGGGUCAAGUAACUAGCAGCUGCAGCAGCCAGAGGCUUGCUAAACUCACUGCUGCAGUCUUGUUGGCUAAAGAUGUUCCUGUGUACCUUUUUUCAAGAUAUGUUCCUACACCUUUUGUACCAUAUGCAGUCCAGGAGCUCAAAGCAGUUGCAGGUGUAAUGAUUACUGCAUCUCACAAUCGCAAGGAAGACAACGGAUACAAGGUUUAUUGGGAAACUGGUGCUCAGAUCACAUCUCCUCAUGAUAAAGAAAUCCUGAAAUGUAUAGAAGAAUGUGUGGAACCAUGGAAUGGUUCUUGGAAUGAUAAUUUAGUGGAUACCAGCCCUCUGAAGAGAGAUCCUCUGCAGGACGUUUGCAGGAGAUACAUGGAAGAUCUGAAAAAGAUCUGUUUUUACAGGGAAUUAAACUCAAAGACGAACUUGAAAUUUGUGCAUACAUCCUUUCAUGGGGUUGGACAUGACUAUGUGCAGUUGGCUUUUCAAGUAUUUGGUUUUAAGCCUCCAAUUCCAGUACCAGAACAAAAAGAUCCUGAUCCAGAAUUUUCUACUGUUAAAUGCCCAAAUCCUGAAGAAGGAGAGUCUGUGCUGGAACUUUCUCUGAGACUGGCAGAGAAAGAAAAUGCCCGGAUAGUGCUAGCCACAGAUCCUGAUGCAGACCGACUGGCAGUGGCAGAACUUCAGGAGAAUGGUCAUUGGAAAGUUUUCACAGGGAAUGAGUUGGCAGCUUUAUUUGGGUGGUGGAUGUUUGAUUGCUGGAAGAAAAACAAAUCAAGAAAUACUGAUGUGAAGAAUGUUUAUAUGUUAGCCACCACGGUCUCUUCUAAAAUUUUGAAGGCAAUUGCACUUAAAGAAGGAUUUCAUUUUGAAGAAACAUUACCAGGUUUUAAAUGGAUUGGGAGUAGGAUAAAAGACCUCCUAGAGAAUGGGAAAGAAGUCCUUUUUGCAUUUGAAGAGUCUAUUGGUUUUCUGUGCGGAACUUCGGUUUUGGAUAAAGAUGGGGUGAGUGCAGCCGUUGUUGUUGCUGAGAUGGCAUCUUACCUGGAAACCAUGAAUAUAACAUUGAAACAGCAGUUGAUUAAGGUUUAUGAGAAAUAUGGUUAUCAUAUUUCAAAAACCUCAUAUUUCUUGUGUUAUGAUCCACCUACCAUCAAAAGUAUAUUUGAAAGGCUACGUAAUUUUGAUUGUCCAAAAGAAUAUCCAAAAUUUUGUGGGACAUUUGCUGUAUUGCAUAUACGGGACAUAACCACUGGAUAUGACAGCAGCCAGCCUAAUAUGAAAUCAGUGCUGCCUGUGAGUAAAAACAGCCAAAUGAUUACAUUUACUUUUCAAAAUGGCUGUGUUGCCACUCUUCGGACAAGUGGGACAGAACCAAAGAUAAAGUAUUAUGCAGAGAUGUGUGCGUCACCUGACCAGAGUGACACUGCCUUACUGGAAGAAGAAUUGGAGAAACUCAUUGAAGCUCUGAUUGAGAAUUUUCUUGAGCCCAGUAAGAAUGGACUGAUCUGGCGUUCUGUUUAGGGUUACACCAGGACGUCAUGACUCUGCACUGGCAUAUGGAACAGAGCAACCAAGAAUUCCACUCAUUGAACCUCCUGUUAGCAUUCUCUAUCUCAUCUGGCCAAGUAUCUUUUUCCUUUUAUUUUCUUUCUUUUUAGUCAGCUGACUAAGCAAACUAUAUAAAUUUUGAAGUGAAAUGGUCUGGAGGGAAAUGAUUCGAAUUUUUUCAUAAUCUUGAACAAAAGUCAUUACAUUAAAAGUAUUAUAGUAACACAUCAUUCUUCCUUUAACAGAAACAUAACAAUACAAAAGUGAGUUUUCUUGUUACAGUGUGAUUGAGCUUAGUUCCAUAUCUUGUGAUUGUGUAUAGCAUGGCUUAAAAAAAAGGCAGAUAAAUGUUAUAUAAUUAUAGGGUUAGUUAAUGAAAUUACUCUAUAAAAUUGGCAAGGAAAUGGUACUGCUCCUAGAUGAUAGAAAAGUAUCAUUGUUGCAUCAUAUGUAUUAAUUUACAAAUUAGGAUAUUUGAAAUAGGGUAUUUAGCAUUUGUGGUGUAGAACAGAUGUUACAGUGUGAGGUUUCAGCACCUCUACUUCAGGUGCCCUUGGUGCAGUGUAAAUUUACUGUAUGUAUUUAAAAUUCUGACGUUUACUGAACAUAAAACAGUAGUGGCAACACUCCAGUAGUGGCUUUGUUCCUGUCAAAUUUCUCAGUGCCUUCUCAGGGUCUGGUAUGAACUGAAACAGCGUUCCUGAAUUGAAUAUACUUUAAUCAGUUAAUUGUCAGAUAGUUAAGGAAAAUCUUCCAAACUAUAUAGGUGCUUCCUCUAUAUCAGAUGAGUUUGUGGAUUUUCAAAUCUUGUGAAUUUAAAUAAAGAUCUUUAUAAAAGCAGUCUUAACAUAAGAAUUUACUUCAUGUUAAGGAUCUUCUUGUUAGAAUUGUGUCGGUUAUCAUAACCUCUAAAGAAAAAAAUCUGAACUGAGAAAGGAGCUCUGAAUUUAUUUGGCAGUUUAACUUUUGAAUUACAUUUUUGUAGGUAGAUUUAUUCCUUUAUCUGAUGAAGUAAUGCUAAGAAACAAAACAUCCAGAUUUUAAGGAUCAUGAAACACCAAAACUAUAUGUUAUAAAAUAAAGAUAGUUUAUUCUGUGAUCUUGCUAGAUCCUGUAAACUUUCUGAUUACGUGAGUGCUAUUUAUCUUUUUUAAUGUGGGGAAAAAAAUUUUCAGAAAGUUACUUUGGGUUGAUUCUACAGUUUUCUGAAAAGACUUAAUAGAGAAGUGCUGUUUAAACUUUUUAAAGUGUAUGUUGUCUCAUAUAUAAUCGCAGAAUACACAUGUGAUAUAGUUAGGAGGUAACAAUAACAAGGCCUUGGGUGUAAUCAUACUAAACAAAUUGCCUAUAGGAGAUAGCACUGGUAUUAGAGAACUUGUUUCCUAAAAAAUAAAUAAUAAUAAUAUAAAGUUUAAACUGUUCAGAAUGUUCAUAAAUCCUGGUUUGGUUUGUUGCAGCUGUCAGCUAACAUUUGGUUGGGCUCAUAUAAUCCAAACAUAAUUUUCAAAUUAUUGUGUUGCCACUAUUGUUAAUUUGUUCCUUUCUUACUUUCUUAUAGCUCAGUCUUGUAUGACUGUAGAUGAUAACUAGCUAAAUGUAGAACACCAUU